UAGUAACAGGAAAUCCCUAAUCCUCGGGUUUUCCGCGUGUUUAAAGUUCCCGCUAAACGAGGAAGAUCGUCGCGUCUCACUUGUUUUUAAAAAUAAAUCAGCGAAAUUAAAAAUAAUAUUUUUUCUGCCUAAUUUAGGUGCGAAAUAAUAGCUUUUGGCGAAGACCAGAUAACUAAGGAAUAAAUAGAGUGCGUUAAAGUCAAUUUCUGCGGGAGCCUGAGGGGCGAAAUCGAGGUCGCAGUGCCAUCGCCCUAGGGUGGUUAAUGGGCAGUGUGUCGAGUGUGUACAUUUGCACUCGCCUCGCCUGACUGUCGCCAUCCAGGUCGCCAACACUUCGCUUUGGGAGAAGCUGCAGUCUAGCUUCGUCCCCGAUUUCGGCCGAACCAGCCCCAAGGCGCGACGCAAAUUCGGUCGGUCGACGCCUAAGAGCUCAAACAACCUGCAACAAUGGAGGAGGAAGCAGAGUCAAGUUCGGGGACUAUGUCCACUUUGAACUCGUUGUUUUCCUUUACAAGCCCAGCAGUGAAAAAAUUAUUAGGCUGGAAACAAGGAGACGAAGAGGAGAAGUGGGCAGAAAAAGCUGUUGACUCUUUAGUGAAAAAACUGAAAAAGAAGAAGGGAGCAAUCGAGGACUUGGAAAAGGCCCUGAGCAUGCCAGGACAGCCCAGCAAGUGUGUCACGAUUCCCCGUAGUUUGGAUGGCCGCCUCCAAGUUUCGCACCGCAAAGGGUUGCCUCAUGUGAUCUACUGUCGGGUUUGGCGUUGGCCUGACUUGCAAAGCCAUCAUGAGCUCAAGCCUCUUGAGCAAUGCCAGUUUCCAUUCUCCGCAAAACAAAAAGAAGUUUGCAUCAAUCCGUAUCACUACAAGAGGGUAGAGAGCCCAGUGCUGCCUCCUGUGUUGGUGCCGCGCCACAGCGAAUACGCACCUGGCCAUUCCCUGCUCCCGUUCCAGCAGCUGGCAGAACCAUCCAUGCCACACAACGUCUCAUACUCCGCCACUGGCUUCAACAACUCCCACCCACACAUAAAUCAGCAGGGCGGCGGACCCAACUCGCCAUUGGCCAACGUCAACAGUCCAGGUAGCCAAACAGGACCUCAAAGUCCAUUUAGCUCUUCAAACGGAAUGCCGGCUGGCACUCCUCCGCCAGCCUACAGUCCCAGCGUUGAUGACAGUCACCAAUCCGGACAAUCGCCAUCGCCGGACCCAAACGCGAUGGACACAAACAACAUCAACGAAGUGUCUCCUGUUGCUUACCAGGAGCCACCUUACUGGGCCAGUAUAGCGUACUAUGAGCUCAACUGCCGGGUGGGCGAAGUUUUCCACUGCAAUUCGCACUCUGUCAUUGUGGACGGGUUCACAUAUCCCAACUGCAACUCUGACAGAUUCUGUUUGGGCCAGCUGUCCAACGUGAACAGGAAUUCGACUAUCGAAAACACUCGCAGACACAUUGGAAAAGGUGUCCAUCUUUAUUAUGUUGGAGGCGAAGUCUACGCGGAAUGUCUGUCUGACAGUGCCAUUUUCGUCCAGUCGCGAAACUGCAACCACCACCAUCAGUUCCACCCAAGCACUGUUUGCAAAAUUCCUCCUGGCUGCUCUCUGAAAAUCUUCAACAACCAAGAGUUUGCGCAACUGCUCUCCACAAGCGUCAAUCACGGCUUUGAGGCAGUCUAUGAACUAACCAAAAUGUGUACAAUUAGGAUGUCGUUUGUGAAAGGCUGGGGCGCUGAGUAUCAUCGCCAAGAUGUGACAAGUACACCAUGUUGGAUCGAAAUCCACUUGCAUGGGCCACUGCAGUGGCUGGAUAAAGUUCUCACACAAAUGGGCUCUCCUCACAACCCCAUCUCAUCGGUGUCGUGAGUGCUGCAAAGAGCAAAGGGCACAACUACUUUCUUACUUUAGUUUUUCGACGUAAGUUCCAAAAAAUCCUUCUCAAAUUAUUUCUUCCAUGGCAGUUUUCUCUCUAGCUAAUAAUAAUAUUCCCUGAUUUUUUAAAAAAAGCCUUGUUCCCUUUUGAAAGGGUAGCCGAAAAACGUGACACAACAGUCACAAAAAUAAUGACGCUUUUUUGAGCUGCUUUACAUGCGACUUUAUGAUGAUUAUAUUUAUUGACAUUGACUUGCACAAGUUUUAUGAUGCAGAAUGGUAAAACUAUUUUAACAAGAAACCAAAUGAUUGUUAUACAAUACAUCCAUCGAUAUUUUUUAAGUAACCACGAACAAAAAUUUAAUCUUUUGCCAGAAAUGUAUAGUUUGGUUGCUAAAAUCAUUGCUGCUUCAUUUAGGAUCUCAAAAAAUAUUUUACAGCACCGAAGAGGGUAAUUUCUAAGGGGUACAGUUAAUAAUUGUCGAGUUAAUUAUAGUGACACUCUAUGUCGAGAAUACACAAUAAGCCUACUCUCAUGAUUCUAAGGGUAAUAAGUAUUUUGUGUAUUAUGGAUAUUGUGCAUUUGAUACAAAAAUUCAGUAGCUUGUGUUAGUUAUAACUUAGGAUAUAGAAUAAAUUUUGUUUAGUGUUGUAAUUUAGUUAUAGACUGAUUUCUGAAUUAGCUUGACCCCUAAUUUGAAAAGUUGAGUGGUCGAGCUAAUUUGGACUCACCCUGGGUGGGUUGUCCCCUCAACCGAAGUUAAGGGGUUGAGAGACCCACUUGCUAACUGAGAAAGGUAACAACGUAAGGAUGGUAGACACAGGAUAUGUCAAUGGAUUACUUGAUUAUUAGUCCAUUUUAGAAUAUUCUUAUGACGUCUGUUUUAAUACCCCAAACAGAUGAUCAACAAUCUGUUCCUGUGUUUACCUUUCUAGCAGAAUAAACACUACAUUGAUGGUGAUUGUUCACUUGCCACACCCCUUUUGUGUUGCUCAACAAGCAAAAUUCCCAACUUAUUUUUUAACUUAUCCAACAAAAUGAGGGUCAAGGAAGGGUUAAGAAGGGGAAUGGCAUCUGAACCAAUUGACUCUAUGUGGUGUUACUUUCACAACUUCUUACCUUCCUCAGCAUGAAGGAUAUCUAAGUUUUUUAUUAAUUGUAGUAUAUUUGAAGUUCCAUCUUGCCAGCCGGCCUCUGCUAAAAAAAGCUUGCAAGCUAUUUGUUGACGCUUUACUGAUGCCCAGCAAGAAAGCUAGCUAAUUCAAUCUGUGAACUUGGUUGCCAUAUUUAGAAGCUAUUUCCUUGGUGAUAUUAUUUUAUUUCACAUGAAAGAACGAAUUGCUUAUAAAAUGGGGAAAAAAUUGGAGCCCGGCUGUUCAUUUAGUUCAUUUUAGUUCUCCUUUAACUUGUUUGGGUGAACGCGCUUUUUACUCGACGUUUUGUGCCAGUCAACGUGGAUUCGCUUGUUGCAGCUUUAGUCGUUCAGCUAAUAUGUCUAAACAAUUUUGAAGAAACACCACAAGUGCAAAAUGCAAAAUUAACAUAAAUUCCCGCCAAUUGUGUGUCUUAAAAUUCAAAAGUGUUGCAGAAAAGUGACCUAUUGGUCAAUGUAGAAACAAAAUUGCCUGAGUGUGAUUGAACCAGUUGCCAUUAAAACACUGACAUAAAAUUUUGGAGAGUUUAUGAAAUCAAAAUUAUCCUUAGUUACUUGAAAAUUGUUGACUUCUGUAAUAUACAUGACUGAGCAAAGCCAUUUUAUGAUUUAUAAGAACGUCUAAGGUGAUUCACUAACAAAAAUGAUAUAUUGGGCCAAAAGUGUGUAUUGAUCGGAAAAUUGUCCUAAGAAGUGCAAUCUGUAAAAUUGUUAACUGUUUAGUUCGUAAAAUAAAUAAAUGUUAAAGCAUAUAUAUUGAUAUGAUCUGAAAAUCUUGAGCUUAAGGUGGCCAGAAAUUCUUGAUAAACAUCUUAUUGGCUCAGGUGUGUCUAUUGUAAACUAAAUUUUCGCAUUCUAGAUUUUAGUUAUUUGUGAAAAUACUGUUAUAUUUGAAACUGAACUAGCAAAGUCAGUUCCAGUGUAUGAAUGACGAACAUUUACAGUCUACUGUUAGCUGCCUUAUUUUAAGUCUCUGUUGCUACUAUUACGGACAAUAUGCAUGUGCAAUUAUGUAAUUUUUAUGAAUAGAUGUUAAAACACGUACGCACAAGAGACAGGUUUGCCAAUGAAAGAAUUAGCUAAACAAGUUUUCCGCCAUUUUCUUGGUCGCACUACAUUAUACAGUUUUCUUCAAUAUAAACCAAACAAACAUGCUGCGUGUUUCUGGCAAGACAAAAUGCGUUUUAUACUAUAACAACACAGAUUGUAAUUACACAGUAAUGUAAUAUUGUACACUUCAGAUUUUAAUAUCCUUCGCAUGUUAAUUUACACAAACCACCGACAACGAGUUUUCAGAGCAGCUAUAGUACGCGUUGUCAGGCUGCUUUCUCGCCGGACCCGCGCACAAAUACAAUAGAGCCCACUCUGGCAAGCAGGACAAGAAAGUUAAACGAAAUCUUCAGAAGACAGCGUGAACACAGACACUAUGAACGCUAAGUGCUUUGAUUCGCGGUGUUGAUGUUUUGGCUAAUUUUUGCGCGUGUUUAUAAUCUACUAUAAAAUAAUACAUGAGACUGUGUACCAGUUAAA